AUGACAGACACAAACACCAAAACAGUCGCCACGUGGCGCAACAUCCCCAACCUCCUCAAUUCCUCUUCCCACGACGUCGUUUCACCCAACCACCUCUUCAACGACGCCGUCUUCACUCUCACCGCCGGAAAUGUCGCUCGUCUUAAAUUCGCCAGCGUCUCCGCGUCGCAAACUAAACCUGGCAAGGAAUUCACUCCGACGGUGGCUCAGCUUCUAAACCACCCGCUCGCCGUUGUCGCUCUUGUUCCCAAAGAUGCCGCUCUGUUUCUCGCGGGAGCUGUUGCUGGUGCUGCUGCUAGGACCGUCACCGCUCCACUUGAUCGCAUCAAGCUUCUCAUGCAGACUCAUGGAGUGCGAAUAGGUCAAGAAAGUGCGAAGAAGACAAUUGGUUUUAUUGAGGCAAUAACAAUGAUAGGGAAUGAAGAAGGCAUUAGAGGUUACUGGAAGGGUAACCUACCUCAGGUUAUUAGGGUUAUACCUUAUAGUGCAGUCCAGCUCUUUGCUUAUGAAAUUUAUAAGAAAAUAUUCCAAGGAAAAAAUGGUGACCUCUCUGUUGUGGGAAGACUUGCAGCAGGUGCUUUUGCGGGCAUGACAUCAACUUUUAUAACUUACCCAUUAGAUGUCUUGAGAUUACGAUUAGCUGUUGAACCUGGGUGUCGAACAAUGACAGAGGUCGCCUUGAGCAUGAUAAGAGAGGAAGGUUUUGCAUCUUUCUACUAUGGCCUUGGGCCUUCUCUUAUUGGAAUAGCUCCAUAUAUUGCAGUUAACUUUUGUGUUUUUGACUUACUAAAGAAGUCGUUGCCGGAGAAAUAUCAAAAGAGAACCGAAGCAUCUCUUAUCACCGCCGUGCUUUCAGCGUCUCUUGCCACACUUACGUGCUAUCCUCUGGACACAGUUCGAAGACAGAUGCAACUGAAGGGAACACCUUAUAAGACAGUAUUAGAUGCCAUUUCAGGUAUUGUGGCACGGGAUGGAGUUAUUGGCUUGUAUCGCGGAUUUGUGCCCAAUGCCUUAAAAAACCUACCAAACAGCAGCAUCAGGCUUACCACAUAUGACAUUGUCAAACACUUAGUUGCAGCUAGUGAGAAAGAGUUUCAAACGAUUGCUAACGAAAACCGCAACAAAAUAAAGAAACAUCCAUAG